AUAGGCAUUAUUGUAAAAGCAAAAACAAAGUUUGAAUUUCUAUCCACAAACGACGUUAUUACACUACACCGGCGCCCCCCGCCGCCGGAGAUCAGAAUUUGAAACUUACAAAUUGGAAAAGGAAAAGAAAGUUGGUCUCUCUUUGUUUUCAUAAUCACAGACAGCAUUCAAACUCAGCUCGCGGGAUGACGAUCUUUGAUUCCGAUGAUGGCAGCAUGUACAAGAAUUUUAGACAAAUCACUCGUCAACGUUUAUUACAUGAAAUGCUUCGAUUCGCCAAAAUGGAGGACAAUCAAUCAACUUGGAAGGUACUCAUCACAGAUAAGGUUACUCUGAAGAUCAUUUCCAAUGUGUUCAAGAUGGGUGAUCUCACACAGGAAGGAGUUUCAUUGGUAGAACAUAUAUCCAGAAGAAGGCAGCCGAUGCCCUUCCUGAGUGCUAUUUACUUCAUUCAACCUACAAAAGAGAAUGUUAUCAGGUGUUUGUCAGACAUGGACAAGAUGUCACCUUUAUACAAAAGGGCAUUUGUCUUCUUCAGCUCACCUAUUUCAGAAGAUUUAUUAACUCUUAUUAAGGGAAAUGCAUGUGAACGGCCUGGAAUAGUAGUGCUGAGAGAGAUGAAUUUGGAAUAUUCUGUUAUAGACAGCCAGGGUUUUGUGACUGACAAUAUAACUGCUUUGGAGGAGCUUUUUGGAGAUGAUGAGGAUUCUUGCAAAGGUGAUGCAUGUUUAAAUCUGAUGGCUACUCGCAUUGCUACCGUUUUUGCCUCUUUAAAGGAAUUGCCUUCUAUUCACUAUCGUGCUGCCAAGUUCUUGGAUGUAGCCACAACGACACCUCUUCAUGAUCUUAUCCCUACAAAACUUGCUGCAAGAGUUUGGGACCGUAUAAUUCACUAUAAAAAAAGGCUUAAAAACUUUCCUCAGACAGAAACAUGUGAGCUGCUUAUCCUGGACAGAUCUGUAGAUCAGAUUGCUCCUGUUAUACAUGAGUGGACAUAUGAUGCCUUGUGCCAUGAUUUAUUAAAUUUGGAGGGAAAUAAAUACAUGCUUGAGGUUCCUAAAAGAAAUGGUGCUCUUCCAGAGAUAAGAGAGGUUUCUUUAGAUGAAUAUGAUCCUAUAUGGCUUGAGCUCCGCCAUGCGCAUGUAGCAGAUGCUAGUGAAAGGUUACAUGAGAAGGUGGCCAGCUUUGUGUCAAAGAAUAAAGCUGCGCAUAUCCAACAGGUUCCAAGAAAUGGUGAACCUUCUCUUCGAAACUUGCAAGAGAUGGUACAAGCGUUGCCAGAUUAUAGCCAACAAAUGGACAAGCUCUCUCUCCAUGUAGAGAUUGCAGGAAAAAUUAGCAGAAUCAUUACGGAGUUUGGACUUCGAGACAUAGGGAAACUGGAGCAGGAUUUGGUUUUUGGAGAUGCAGGAGUGAAGGAUGUAACUAAUUUCUUUACCAAAAAUGAGAAUGUAAGUCGUGAAAAUAAGCUGCGCCUCUUGAUGAUUCUUGCUGCCAUUUAUCCUGAGAAGUUUAAUACUAUAGAGGGUCUUGAUCUAAUGAAGUUAGCAAGAUUACCACAACAUGAUAUUUAUGCUGUGAAAAAUAUGAAAUUGCUCGGGCAUCCAGAGCCUAAGAAAAGUUCUACUGGACCUUUCUCUCUGAAGUUUGACAGUCAUAAGAAGCAUGCAGCUAGAAAAGACCGAGCUGGUCCUAAAGAAACAUCAUGGCAAUUAUCACGGUUUUACCCUAUGAUAGAGGAACUUAUCGAAAAACUCAGUAAAGGAGAGCUACCGAAGGAUGAAUAUCCGUGUAUAAACGAGCCAUGCAGUACUUACAAUUUGACACGCGAAACUACAUCGACCCAUUCAAGACGGACGCCAACAUGGGCACGGUCCCAGUUCUCUAAUGAUAGCGAUUCAAGACCCAGGCAUACUUCUACUGUUUCCGAAAAGAUGGGGCAGCGUAUUUUUAUUUUUAUAGUAGGUGGAGCUACUAGAUCUGAGUUAAGGGUGUGCCACAAACUUACAAAGAAGUUACAGAGAGAAGUGGUUAUAGGCUCCUCAAGUCUUGAUGAUCCUUCAGAAUUUAUUACAAAAAUAAAGUUACUGUCAACACAAGAACUCAUUAGAUGAUCUCUAGUUGUGGAGAUGAGCAACUGAGAAUAAAGCUUCUAUGAUUUCUGAUCCCAUCUAUAUUCGUGUAUGCUUACGUGCAAGGCAAUUUCACUUGUUCAUUACUUAUGUGCUUAUGCAUUUACUUGCGUCAAGCUUUAGUUUUUUGGUAGCAAUGCAUAUAGGUUGUUGAGAGCU